AUGGCAGGACAAAAAGUGAUUGACCCGGACACAAAAUACAUUAAACUGCAAGUUGUAGGAGGAGAGUUACCUGGAGCAACACUUGCCCAAAGAGUUGGUCCACUAGGGCUAUCAUCAAAAGUGGUUGGUGAGGACAUAAGAAAGGCUACAACAGACUACAAGAGCUUGAAGGUUCACGUAGAGCUUGCAAUAAAGGACAGGAAAGCGACGGUUGAGGUUCAGCCUAGUAUUGCGACAUUAAUAAUUAAGGCCUUGAAGGAGCCUCCACGAGACAGAAAGAAAGAAAAGAAUAUUCUUCACAACGGAAGUCUUAAGAUGACCGAGAUAGUUGAAAUAGCAAGGAUUGCUCGAUCAAGCCGAUCCUAUUCCAAAACCCUUGCUGGUGCGGUGAAGGAGGUUCUUGGGACAUGUAAGUCCAUUGGAUGUAAGGUUGAUGGAAAAUGCCCUAAGGAAGUUACUCAUGAGAUCAAUAGUGGAGAGAUCAGACUACCUGAUCAAUAA